ACUUCUAAACUUAAAAGAAGACAAGGAACUGCAAUAUUUUUCUGAGCAUUUAAUGAUCAAGAACCUCAACAAUUUACCAUUUCCGUCCUGUUUCUACCUGACGUCGAAUUAACAGAUUCCUCCAAAAACGACCUAAACCGACUUGUUUUAAAUUCUUUCAUAAGAUUCACCUCUCUCACGUCAAAAUAUGAAAUAUGAAAUGCUAAUGAUGCAGUAUUAAACUGCGGAUCUCCGAUACAGCGGAGGAAGGAUACAGAAGAAGAAGAGGAUACCUGCCGAUAUAUAUAUCCGAACAGCGGAUCGGAGGAACUGAACGAGAGCUAGAGCUAGAGGGGGAGAUGAGAGAGAAGUGCGGCGCAACGGAGGAAUUUCGAGAAUCAACAGAGAUUCAGAUCGUGGUUGAAUCAAGAUCGAAGGCGAUGAUGCUGAUCAAGAAUGUAUCUCAGAUUCUUCAAGGUUGAUCCAUCAGAAAGAAUUCACACUUGAAUCUCUGUUACCACCCAAGAGAGAAACCCCCUCAAAACUAAGCCAUCAUGUCACAGACGUUUCGAGAGAAGAUUCGUCAACGUCGUCGAGACUUGAGAGAGAACACUAUGGAUUCUACCCAGCUCGGUGAUACAUCAGCAACACCAGGGCGGGGAAGCAGACACGAGAAUAUUUCUGCUGAUGAUGGUGGUGUUGAUGAUGUAGAAGAAAUGCCAGCUGAUCCAAUUGAAGAGAUUCAUCAAGCUGAAUCUUUGAUGGAGAAACUUACUCAAGACAGAGAAUCAAAGAAGAAAGAGCUUUUUGAAUCCUUAGAGCCUGCUGAUGAAGAGCAAGAGAAGAAGAAAGAAACCAAACCCAAGAGAAGAACUGAGAUUCCAACAAUCCAAGAAACAGGAGAGGAGGAAGAACCAGAUGAAGAUACUAAACCAAAGAAGAAGAAAAAGGGAAAGAAACCAGACAUGGCAGCUGCAGUUCUAGCAGCAAAGGCUGGGGUUGAAACGGGUAAAGUCCCUUCUACAAUGAAUGCUACUAUCAGGGAAAGAAUUAGAAAGAAAAUGGCAGAAGCAAAGGAGAAAGCUGAAGAAUCAAUGAAGGAUGAAGUAGCAAAGGAUCCUGAUAAAGAUCUACCAGCUAGGAGACUUAGAGGUCUAAGAGCAAGGGAUAUGGCUACAAGGUUUGAUGAACCAUCAUUGCUAACCAAGGAGGAGAUUGAAGAAGAUAAGAUGUUGAAUGAAUCUAUUAUUGCUAAAGAGAAAUGGAGAGAAUCUUUCAAGAAAGUUAAAGCAAAGCAAGCAGCUCUGCCAACAGAAGAAGAAGCUUUUGACUUCUUCACACGUAGCUAUGAGCCUGAACCAGAUAAUAGAGAGAUUGUAUCAGAGCCAACCUCCGAUAAUCAACCUGGACCCAGUACAUCUAAAGGAACAGGAACGAAAAGAAAGAGUAAAUAUGAUGAUGAGGAGGAGGAGGGGGGCAAGGAGAGCACACCAUUACUAUCAGAAGUGUUUGUUGAUAGGGAUAUGUGGAAGUUACAACCUACACAGCUGGUUCCAGCAGAGUAUGUACCUCUAGGAGUGAGAGAGAAAAAGGAGGAAGGAUAUUUCUUUGUACCAAGCAUCAAAACAGUUCCAUCUGAUCAGAAGGUUCCAGAGAACACCCAACCUAGAUAUUUAGAAGAUGAGGGAUUCUAUGUAGGAGUGAGACCUGAUGUAUCUCAGAGAAACCAAAAUAUCAUGGAACAUCGGCUACUACAGAGAUCUGAUAAGGGUAAAGGAUGGUUUGGAGAAGAUGGUCGCAUCAUAGCCUUACCAGAUCCUGUCAAAGAUACACCUACAAGACCAAGGGUUGUACCAAAUGAAGAGAGAGAACCUGAAUUACAAACUGUCUUUAGAAAGGCCAUGAUUGCAGAUACUACAAACCAGGGAUUAGACUUUGAUUCAGGUGUAGGAGAAGGACAGUAUCAGAUUGAUAUUGAUAUCAAUACACUAGUAUUCACACACCAUCCAUACUUCAGCAAGGAACAUGUGCUGGAAUCCAAGCUAAGACAACUCUAUGAUCAAUACCUCAGGAGAAAACAGAAAGAUAUGGCUCAGUAUCUCACAGACAAGCUUCAAGCAUUGAAGUCAGCAGUGGCUAGUCUCAAAGAGCAGUUGAACUCAGUGAACAUGCAAGAAACAAUUCAAAUGGAUACAAUGCAGAAGGUCAAGGAUUAUAAGGUUGAAAUCAGACAAACAAGAAGACUGAGGGAUUAUGAGCGACAACAUGAUAGACAGCUGAUGAAACAAAUACUGAAAACAUGGAGAGAUAUCAAGAAACUUAGAGAGAAAGAUAACUGCAUCAACACUGCUGUUAAACUCAGCGUUAGAAAGGAAGAAGCUAAUGCUUCUGAAGACGAGGCUAUUUGGAAGCGGGAGAUUGAAGAUGAGAUUGAUGAGCAAAGAGAAAAUCAUGAUGAUGAUUAUCAGAUUCAGCUUGACCGAUACAGAGCUGCUCUACAGGAAUGGAAGCAAGAUAAUAAAGCAAAGAAGAAGAGUAAGAAGAAGAAGAAAAAGAGUGGGUCUCAGGAGAAUCUAACAGAGACAGGUCAGAAUGAAGAAGAUGAAGGAGAGGAAUCUGAGAAACCUAAACCAAUCAAACCAUCAUUCAAAUUUGAUGAGGAUGAAGCAAGGGAACGCAUCAAAGAAAUGAUGGCUCAAAUUAGACGUAAACCAGGAGAGACGAUCCUUCAUCUUGAAGUGAGUAACACAGCUGUCAUUACUCCAACGCAAGACUGUAGUAGACAAGAACAACAAAGACGCAAUGACAUGCAGAGAUAUAGAUGCUUCAUCAAAGUUCUUAUCAAUGACAAAGAAGUCUCAAGAACAACUACAAAAUCUUUAACUUCUGAUUUCACCAUUCACUUUGGUAACAUCUUUAAUGUUGAGAUUGUUCACUGGCCAGAGUCUAUCAGCAUCCAGUUGUUUGAGACAGGAAUUCUGACUAACAGUCAUCUAGCAAACGUCUUCCUGAACGCACCUAACACACAGAUGACAUCUGAUAAGGUUCAUGUUGACCAGUUUGAGUUUAGUAGUGACCAGAAAGUGGAUUUUGACCACAGUGCAGUGGGCAGUGGUAUUACAUUCUCUAUAGGUGAUGGGGAUGAGGCACAAGACUUCAAUCUAUUGACGUCAGGUAGUGUGUAUGCCAGUGUAGCUUGGGGUCUAGCCGAUGAUGGCUUGCCCCUCAUACCACCAGCGAUAUCAACAAACACCAAUGCUUUGAGCUCUAUGAAGGAAGUAGAUGCCUUAGCUGCUAUUGGAGCAACUGGUAUCAUUGAUAAUAAAAAGCUUGCUAAAUGGCUGAUGGAGGCAAGACUAGACCCCAAUGAUCCUUCUAACUCAUUCCUCCUACAGAUGAUAAAGAACGAUCGGAACAAGAUUGAAAGUAAGGAGUAUUUUAGGCUAGAGCAGCUUCAACAAGAGUUUGACUUUGUGACAGAUGAGGAACUGGAGACAAACAGAAGAUUCCGGCUUCUACAGCUUAGAGAGAAAGAGGUGGAAGACUUCAGGAAUUACAAGAUGGUUCCUGCUAUAGAGAAAGAGAUUGCUGAAAACUUCUUUGAAGCAUACGAACUGAAAUUAGAGCAAGAGGAACAAGGAUUAAUAGAUGAAGAUAUGGAUGCUAGGAGAGCACAGGUUGCCAAGUUUAUAGCACAGAUUCGCAAGCGUGUGAUACAAAGGUAUCGAGCUGCACAGCAUCGCUAUACACUCCAAGAUAUCGUCAAUGAAAGCUUAGUUCCUGACGUAAGUCUACUUGGGGACACCUUAGUGAAGUUGGUUGAGCCACGACGUCCUCUCAAACCACAACGUAAAGAACGUAAAACAGUGACUGCACAGAACCUAACAGCUCAAUCUGUUAAUAUCCUUAUUAACAUUGAAAGAGCUUUUGAAAUACCUACUAGGAAACCAGAUCCUAAACAUCCUGGUCAGAAUGCAGAGGUACGUCCGUUUGUUGAGGUUGUAUUCCAACAGACUACCAAACAGACAUGUGUUGCUGAGGGUGCUAAUCCAAACUGGAAUGAAGAAUUAGCUCUGCCGUUCAAGGCUCCUAACAAUGACUACUCAGCAAGCAAUCUACAGACCGUAAGAGAUGUGAUCUAUAUGAAUUUAUUUGAUGAGGUGGUAAUAGAUCUGCUUCAAGAUGAUCGUGAUAGGACUACUAACAUUCAUCAAAGACUUGAGAAACGAUGGUUAGGAAGCCUUAGUAUACCAUUCUCAACAGUCUACUCUCAGGGAAAGGUUGCAGGAGCGAUCCGUGUUGAGGCACCUUCGUCUCUCCUUGGUUACGAGCGAACCAGAGAGAGUGCUGGUAGAGGAGCAGCUAACGCUACAUAUCUCUCUGUAUUCAUUACUGUAGAGCCACCUCUUGCCCCUCCUGAACUAUUCAGAGAGAAGUUCGAGACAUUGGAGGAUGAUCAGCUGUUGAACCAAGCAGAACUUCUCCAAGCUCAAGUCUCAUCAAAGUUUCCCAAGAGGCAGAUAACGACUUCAGUGAUUGAUAUGAACGGUAACUCGGUGUUUGUCUGCCGCUACUUCAAGUCAUUCGCGCCUCCACCGGUCCUUAUGGAAGGCGAUAACCAGGUUGAGAUUUGUGAGAGGAUAGCUCGGUAUGUAUCUCUGAUUCCAUCUAUCUCUGAUAGUGUUUUAUUCCCAGGAGUAUGUAACAUCUGGAGUACAUGUCAGCAAUUUCUUCAAAUGAUGCAAGGUGAUGAAGAGGAGCAUGCUGUUCUUCUUGUUAAUUACUUCCUACAUCUUGGUAAGAAAGCUUGGUUAAUCCUAGGGACGGCAAUCCCUGAAGGACCAACAGCUUAUACUCUCUCAGAGGAAGGAGAUGGCCAGUAUUGGAUCUGGAAUCCUUCUACUGGAGAACAUUACAAAGCUACUGAUAGCUUCUGCCCUCUCAAGAGUGUAGACUGCCUCAUUAAUGACGAUAAUCUGUGGGCCAAUAUUCAGAUACAGGAAGAGACUAGUCGUCUGAACUUUGAUGUGAAGAAAACAACGGCAUGGAAACCACUCUUCAACAGCAGCUUCCCUCGUCCUGCUUUAUCAAGUAUGCAGGAGGAAUCCUUAGAAUAUGAGCAGACGAUACUUGAUGACGUUGUUGAUUUACAGAAUAAGAUUGAGAAGAAACUUCGUUCAUGUAUAAUGGAAUGGAGACCUCGUCACAUCACACGAUGGAACCGUCAUGUCAUUCAUACGUUCAGAGAUAUCCUCAAGAAACUGGAGUAUACGCCUAACCUACUUGACAAUGAGAAUCCUAAUCUCAAAUCAAUACUGGAAUCAUACAAUCUGUGCGGGUUUCCUCUUCACGUGUCGUAUACUGACAUCAAGUCCAUUGUUGAUAAGGUCCGAAGUACUGGAGUCCAUAAGAAUGAAUCGAAUGAUGUUGAGUUUGCACUGGCCGUCCAUAUCCACCCUUACCCAAACCAUAUCCUAUCCGUAUGGAUCUAUCUAGCUUCAGUGACAAGAAGGAGGUGAUCAUCGUAAUGUAUGACUCCAAUUGAGCCUUGACGAAACUACCUAUAAAGGGAUCCACAAUGAAUGAUGUUGAGCUUGUGUUUGCCGUUCAUAUCAAAACCAGAUUCUUUCCAUUUAAAUCUAUACAGCGAGAUGAUGAUCAUAAUGAUGUUAUAAUUGAGCCUUGACUUGCAGAGCUCUCUGAUUAACAGCCAUUAUAUCAUUUGGAUGCAUGAAUCUUCAAGAUGAUGAUUAUCAUAACGAAUGAUUUCAAAUUUAGGUGAAGUUUGGUCUUACCAUAUUAUAUUCUGAACUCUAUUUGAGCGAUAAUUGAAAUGGAUGAUACAAUUCUUACAUUAGAUUUUUUUUUCCAAUGUCUUUGAGCCAAAAUCUGUCCAUACCUGGUCCAAGAAGAAUACAAUAAUUGAAAUUGGAUGGUUUCAUAUUUAGUUAGGCAUGACUUAAAGCCGCCUCACACCAUAUUUUGGAAUAAAACGAAGUAGACUUUGAUGCUAAUACCUGGAAUAUCUUACUGGGUAAUGUUCUAAAUCAUUGUACGAAUACCUAUGUUCAAAUCUGUGACUAUGCUAUUAUCCUUAUUACAAUAAAAGCGGAUUUAAUAUCUAGUCGUAAUGACGUCAUAGCAAUUGUACGAUUGGCUACGAUUUGAAACUAAUUUGCCCUUUACUGAAAAAUAGAGGCUUUCAAUCAUCCAAAAUUGUUAUAUUGUAGCUUUCUUACAGUUAAUUUGAACCUUAAAUGAAAAUAUACUUUUCAUUCAUAUUUGCAGAAAAUUUAUAGGAAAAUGUGAUUUGUUCUAAAAUUGGAUCAUGGACCAGUUGGAAGGUGUGCCAAGCAAUUUACUGUGACAUAAAAGUUUCUCUUGAAUACUGGAACUUGUCUGUUGAAGAGAUGUGAUUGUUUUUAGCUGAUCAGAUUUGUAAUGAAUCUCAACUUGAGAUCAAUUUGAUUGAUUAGCAACUAUUUGUGAGACCAGUGGCUUAUUGCAAAAAUGUUCAAACACAACUUUAAAUAUCAAAUACAAAUCAAAUUGUGCUCCUAUGACUGGAUGUUAGAUCAAGAUGGGUUUGAUUGCAGCUCUUGAUGUCAUUAGCCCAAGGAUUCUAUUUUGCAACUUAUCUUGAUUAUGGAAAGCCAUUUAUGUCUCAUUUCUCCAUAGAGCUACAUGCUGUCCUUCUACAUGAUGAUCAUUUAAAAACAAGGAUGCAUAUACAUGUAUAAUAUGAAAUGCUUUAUGCAUUCUUGAUGAUGGUGUUACAUGCUUUCUGUUGAGAGUGAUUGGAUCAAUUGAGAGUGAUUGGAUCAAUUGAGAGUGAUUGGAUCAAUUGAGAGUGAUUGGAUCAUUUGAGAGUGAUUGGAUCAAUCAAGAGUGAUUGGAUCAGUUGAGAGUGAUUGGAUCAAUUGAGAGUGAUAGGAUCGAUCAAGAGUGAUUGGAUCAGUUGAGAGUGAUUGGAUCAAUUGAGAGUGAUUGGAUCAAUCAAGAGUGAUUGGAUCAGUUAAGAGUGAUUGGAUCAAUUGAGAGUGAUUGGAUCAAUUGAGAGUGAUUGGAUCGAUUGAGACGGAUUGGAUCGAUUGAGAGUGAUUGGAUCAAACACAUUUUGUAAAUUAGGGUCUUGGGGGCCUAUUACAGAGUUGCUUUUACUUGAAAUUCUUAAAAUCAAGUACAAGUUCCAAUAUUAUUGCACACAUGUGAUAAUUGAAAACCAAGUUGUGUUUGAUAUUUAGAAUUGUAUUUGAUUGCAGGCCUUUCUGAAAAGGGUUACCGAAUGUAUUGAAAUUGCUAUUAUAACAUGACAAGUAAUUAUUUCUUGUCAAUGUGUUUUCAACAGGAUAAUGCCCACAAGAACUUACAACCUAUUGAUUUCCUAAAUCCUCAACCUCUUUGUCUAUGAAAUAAUAACUUUGUCAGGACAAUCCAAUGGUAACCUCCAUGAAAUCCUUGAUAUUGAUUGUUGAACUUUGUUACCAUUGAAUGGCAAAGUCACCAUGAACAUAAUGCAAAAGGGCCACGAAAUAUAUCCUUGAUUUUGAUUGGUUGUCAAGAAUGAAUUGUUACCAUAGUAAUUACCUUAGAAUGACAAAGUUACUAAAGUAACAACUAUAAGUAAUAUGACCUGGAAUAGGAUUAAGAUGGAUUACUGUAUCAGUAUUCUGCAUUUAAAAUGGGCUUGAAUCUUGCUGUGAAUGAAUGGCCCCAAGAAUCUGAAUUUUCACUGUAUGAUAUGUAUUCAUAUUUUGUCUGAAUGAAAUGACAAUAAUAUAGAAUUAUCAUGAUAUUGAAACCUCAGUGAAUAGCUGAAUUUGGGUUGGAGGUAUGUCAUGUUGUGUCUUGACUCUGACUUUAUACUUCGAAACCAUUCCACCUACAUGUAUAUAAAUUGUACUCUAAGCGAAAUAAUUUUUUGAACAUACAUGUAUUAUGUAUAUACUGGUAUAUUUAUUGUUGAAACAAAUUGAAUAAACAAAACACAUUUUGA